AUGACUGCCAAUAUCCCGGAGAUUGUGCUCCUCUGUCAAGACUCAGAAUUUAUCACCGCCUUUGAGGAAGCACUGAGGACAAUAUGGCCCAGCUUUACGCCUAAUAAAGUGAAGAUCACCAAAUUCAAUGAGCGCCUCAACAGCCUCCCUGCAUCGGUCAAAUUUGACCUCGUCGUCUCGCCAGCAAAUUCCUUUGGACGGCUAGAUGGGGCUUUCGACCACGCUAUCUCCAAAACGUUCAGCCCACAUGAGGAUUACCAUGCGCUGACCCGAGCCGCGCAGCAGGUAUUGUACGAAAAAUGGAGAGGUUUCGCCCCACCAGGUACAUGCACGCUGGUUGAAUUUCCUGAGCGUCUGAAAGGGAACCCACGGGGUUGCAGCUGGAUUGGGUUAUGUCCGACCAUGCGAGAACCACAAAACGUGAACUGGGACCGCGAGGUUGUCUACGAGUGCGUCUGGAGCUUGCUUUGCCAGGUAGAGGGGCAUAACCGUCACGAUCAACAGAAAAGAAUCAACACAAUUCUGAUGACCCCACUGGCUGCAGGGAUAGGAAGAGUGAGCAAGGAGCGCUGGUCAGCACAGACUGUGAUGGCUCUGAAACAUUAUGUUGAGGCUCUCGAGAACCCUGAUACAUGGAGUUCGUUACAGUGGGAUACGAUCGAAAAAGUGGACAAUGAGGUUUUCACUACUUGGAAAUAA